AGCAGCCAUGGUCUGAGGCGCCCGCCUCACCUGUCAGCCGCGCGGGCCGGGGCGCUGGCGGAUCUCCGGGCGCAGGUGGCGGCGGGGUCCGGGUCACCAUGAUACAUUUCAUCUUGCUGUUCAGUCGACAAGGGAAAUUACGGCUGCAGAAAUGGUACACCACUCUCCCUGACAAAGAGAGGAAAAAAAUCACCCGGGAAAUUGUUCAGCUUGUUCUGUCUCGAGGUCAUCGGACAAGCAGUUUCAUUGACUGGAAGGAGCUGAAACUUGUUUAUAAAAGGUAUGCUAGCUUAUAUUUUUGCUGUGCAGUAGAGAAUCAAGAUAAUGAGCUCUUGACACUAGAGAUUGUACAUCGUUAUGUGGAGUUGCUGGACAAGUACUUUGGAAAUGUCUGCGAGCUGGAUAUCAUCUUUAAUUUUGAAAAGGCGUAUUUUAUCCUUGAUGAGUUUAUAAUAGGUGGAGAAAUUCAGGAAACAUCCAAGAAAACAGCUGUCAAAGCCAUUGAAGAAUGUGACAUGUUACAGGAGACAAUGGAAGAAUACAUGAACAAACCUACAUUUUAACUGUGCAUCUACUUGAAGACUCCAAAUGCUGCAAGUUGUGAAUUUUUAAAAACUCAAUGUUUUGUAUCCAGUCCAGACAGAGCUUCUGGAAUCAUGCCGCAAAUAACUUAAAGGGAUUCUUGGUUAACUAGCAAAGAUUCAUGUUGUUUAGCAUAAUACUUUUGAAAUGUCUGUGUCUAUAGUAUACUGUAUAUGAGUCCUUAAUCUGCCUCUGUGUUGGAAAUCACUGCUGUAUAACUCAGCAGAUUGAAUAGUUUGUAAUGUUUUAACUCCAUGAGAUUAUUUGUAAGCUCAUCAAAAGAAAUAACUGCAAUAUAUAUUUUUGGGAUUUGAUUUUCUAAGGGAUGAAAGUUAAACUAUAUUGUAAUAUCUCAUGCUUAUGAAUAUAAAGUAAACCUAAUGUCAUUAG